AUGUCCUGGAAUUCUUACACUGAUAGCAUUAUCAACAGUGGCUUCUCCAAUGGUGCUGCCAUUUACUCCAGAGAUGGCAAGGGUUUGUGGGCUGAAUCCAACGGCUUGAUUUUCAAUUCUCAGGAAAUUGCCGAAAUAGCAGCUGGUUUUGAUGAACCUUCUCAUUUGCAAAGCAAUGGGUUGCACUAUAAAGGCACUAAAUAUUUCUUGUUAAGAGCCGACGACAGAACUAUUCACGCUAAACAUGAAGUUGAUGGUAUCUUUUGUGUUAGAACAAACCAAUCUAUUGUGAUUGCUCAUUAUACUAAAGGUACCCAACCAAACCAAUGCUCAACUUUUGUUGAAAAAUUGGCUGAUUAUCUAAUUAGUCUUGGUUAUUAA